UAUCCAAAGACAAUUUUAUGGAUAAUUCUUCUUAACAGAAUAUUCCAGUGAAUAUUCUUUAAAAUAUUUCCCUUUUUUAAAAGGAUCAAUUUAGUAAGAAACAUAUAAGGCGGGAAAACGCAACAGUAGAACAGAAGAAUUUCACGUUAUUAUUUAUUUAUUAACAGAGAAUAAUUCUAUUUUAAUUAUUUAUUGAACGAAAAGCCGAGAAGAACCACCGCCCCUAUUAACCAAUCAAACAUCCCAUUCCAAUUGGAUUCUCCUCCUCAGAGGCGCGUUUGGUAGGGGAAGAAAAGGAAAAAUCCGAAAUUUCUUGGUUGGUGCAGUUUGUAUGCUUUUAAUCGGGCUGUCAAAGAAGGGAACUUGACAGCCCGAUAUUCUUGGACUGAACGUUUUUGUUUUAAUAAGGUGUUUGCCUUUUCUUUCCCUGUUUGGGUUCUCACCAGAUUUUACUUGCCAUUCAUUUAUCACUCGGAUUGCCUUCUUCUAUAUAAAUAUAUAUAUAUAUAUAUUCUUAUGAGAUUUUACCUUUAUUUUUUUAUUUAUUGAUUCUACAUUAUGGGUUCGUUCUCUGCAAACUUUCAACGACCAAUAGCUGCAGCUGCUGCCGUUGCUGUAGCUUCUCUUGCUCCUGAUAAACUCCCGUCUCGUAAAUCUAACGAUUCUUGUUCAACCUCUAACCGAUUAGAUUCUUCAUUAUCUAACUCGGUGCAAGAAUCGAGCUUUUCAUGGGUUUCUCAUAUAUCAGUUUCUAAGCUAACCAACUUGUCAUUUGUGACUAGGAUUCGUGUACCUGUCCCUAACACUAACUUCUUGGUCUCGAAUUCAAUUCAGAAAUUUCCCCCCAAUUUAUUAGGUUCUUUUAUUGCUUCUUCUUCUCCUUUUCUUAAUUCAUACCAGUCUGCAGAGUUGGCAAAAGGGCCUCAACCAACUGCAUUUACAAACAAAAUCCCUACUUCCCCUCCUGAUGUACUGUAUAGAUGGCAUUUGCCUGAGCCAGAUGCUAUUGAUGUUUCUGGCUCUUCCGAUUGCUCCUCGGCUAAGUCUAGGACAGUUGUAGUUUUGUUGGGAUGGUUAGGAUCAAAGCAGAAGCAUCUUAAGAAAUACGCAGAGUGGUAUACCUCCAGGGGAUUUCAUGUCAUUACUUUUACUUUUCCGAUGUCUGAGAUUCUUAGUUACCAAGUUGGCGGGAAGGCUGAACAGGACAUAGACUUGCUUGUGAACCAUUUGGCUGAUUGGCUGGAAGAGGAGCAUGGAAAAAACCUGGUUUUCCAUACUUUUAGCAAUACUGGAUGGUUAACAUAUGGAGUUAUACUGGAGAAGUUUCAGCAGCAGGAUCCCUCUUUAAUGGAAAAAAUUAAGGGUUGUAUUGUUGAUUCUGCACCAGUUGCAGCCCCUGAUCCUCGGGUCUGGGCUUCGGGUUUCUCAGCAGCUUUUCUAAAAAAGAACAGUGUCGCUUCAAAAGUACAUUUGAACUCAAGAGAGUCAAGUGUGGAGGUAUCAGUUGGCAGAAAAACAUUUGUAGAGCCCAAACCUGCAGCAACUGAAGCAGCUUUAUUGGUGAUUCUGGAGAAGUUUUUUGGCGUGGUUUUGAAUCUUCCUACUGUGAACAGGAGGCUCUCAGAUGUGCUGAGUUUAUUAUCAUCAGGACAACCAACCUGUCCACAGCUGUAUAUUUAUAGCUCUGCAGAUAGGGUCAUCCCUGCAAGGUCUGUGGAAACAUUUAUAGAGGAGCAGAGAAAAGUAGGGCAUGAGGUCAGGGCUUGCAACUUUGUAUCCACACCUCAUGUUGAUCAUUUUAGAAAUGAUCCGAAACUGUACGGCACUCAGCUUAGCCAGUUUCUGGAUGACUGUGUGCUUACUUGUUGCAAACAUGCUUAACUGAAACCAAUCAGGACCCUGUGAAGAUACCACUCGAUACCACUCGAGUAGAACUGAAACUCAAAUCCCCCAGCAUCGAUGGCAACAGAAACUGGUUGGUUAGCAACAGCAUUCUUUAGUGCAGCUUCAUCGUUUGCUGGAACAUCCUCAUAACCGGUUAUCUUGGCUGAAGGCUUAGCUUCUUCCUUUGUCUUGCAAGUGCUAUCAGCUGCAUCAUAUGGAUAGGUGGCCUCACUAGCCAGGCCAUGCUGUUCAAUGAAUUUAAAGGCAUCAUCCAUCAGACCACCCUGACAUCCUUGAUCCUCACUGUUGGUGUCACAGUCAACAAGCUCUUGCUCUGAAAGUGAAAUCAAUUUUCCAGUUUUUAUCUCAGUGAUUCCUUCCACUGCUGCCACCGCUGAAAACGCCCAACAAGAUCCUACAUGUACAUUUUGAAUAAUGGAAGAGUUGGAGGCUAUUCAAAUUGAAUAAAAUCUUCAUCCAAAGACUAAUACUUACCACA